ACUCGCAGCAUGGUGGCAGCCACAACGACCAAUUUCGAGCUUGAAGAGCGCGUCUCGUACAUCCGGUCAGUCAACGCGGAUGCGGACAAUUUUAAAGAGCUCCGGUCGCCGACCAAGUCCAUCGUCGAGCUCGAAGACGGUGCGAUCGUCGAAGGCGGUGCGCUCGACCUCUUCUCCCGCGAGGCGUUCGGUCUCUUUGCGCAGUACGGCGCGAUCGGCGUCAUCUACAGCCUCAUCCCGUCGCUCGCGUACCCGAUCUUCAACAACUACCUCAACAUGGAGGGGUACCAGACCGCGUCCUACGGCGUCCUCGUCACUGUCGGCUGGUCGUUCAAGGUCUUCUGGGGCAUGCUCUCGGACUGCUUCCCCAUCUUUGGCUACCGCCGCAAGAGCUGGAUGCUCAUCGGGUGGGCCAUCACGGCCGCCUGCCUCGCCGUCAUGUCGUUUGCAUCGCUCGGCAGCCCGUACUGCGACGCGCGCCGCACCGACAAGUGCGGUCUCCCGAUGGCCAACUUGACCCAAGCCGAGAUCGACGAGUUCUUUAACCUCGACGCUCCGGGCCGCGGCACGCUCUUCAUCAUCAUGUCGAUGCUCGUCUCGUUCGGAUACGUCAUCGCCGACUGCUCGGCCGACGCGAUGGUCGUCGAGUACGCCCAGCGCGAACCCAUUGCAAUCCGCGGCCGCGUCCAGACGGCGAUCUACACAGUGCGCACGCUCACGGGCGUCCUCGCGUCACUCGUGCUCUCGUUCCUGCUCAACGGCAAGGAGUACGGCGGCUCGUUCGACUGGGCCGUCGGGCCCAACGUCCCGUACGUCAUUUGCCUCGUGCCCUGCGUCCUCGUCGUGCUCUCGACCAUCUUUAUUCUCCAAGAGCCCAAGGGUGAGCCGCUCGGCUUCAAAGCGUGGGCCGCGCAGUUCUGGGACCUCCUCCAGAAGCGCAUCAUGUGGCAAGUCUGCGCCUACCGCUUCCUCGACGCGACGUUCCAAGGUAUCUCGGCGACGCCCGGCAACCCGAUCGCCAACCACUGGGCCAAGGUCGAGCCGCUCAAUAGCUCGCUCUCGGACGUCAUUGGUAGCUUGAUUUACACCGGGAUCCUUGUCGCCGUCGGCAAGUGGGGGCUCCACUGGAACUGGCGCUGGACGAUCGCGCUCGGUACUUUUGGCGUCAUUGCCGUCGACGGCUUUGUGACGUUCAUGACGAUCUGGGACGGGUACCGCAACCAGUGGUUCUUCACGGGCGUCGCACUCGCCGACAACGUGCCCGGUGGCAUCCGCUUUAUCAUUUCGACGUACUUUGCGGUCGAGAUUGCCGACAUUGGCAACGAAGGCGCGACGUACGGCCUCGUGACGACGGUCAACAACCUCGCGUCGCCCGUCUCGGCCUUCCUCUACAAGUACAUUGACUCGUACUUUGAGGUGUCGCAAAAGGACAUUCUUCGCGACGACAACCACGUGCGCUGGGAGGUCACGUACUGCUACUUUAUCUCGUACGGCUGCAAGCUCGGAUCGCUCCUCUGGCUCUUCCUCCUCCCGCCCCAAAAGGCCGAGAUGCAAGUGCUCAAGAAGCGCGGCGGCAAGAGCAAGGUCGCCGGUGUCGCCCUCAUCCUCAUCUUUGUCGGCGCGCUCUCGUUUUCGCUCACGAGCAACAUCAUGUCGAUCUACCCGUCGACCAAGUGCUACCGCAUCGCUGGCGGCAAGGGCACAAUCAACGGCACGUGCCCCACGUAG